GAUCGCGCAGACCAUGAGCCCCGCCCAUCUCGACGACCACCACCACCACCACCGCCACGCCCCUCCGUUCCCGCCGCCGCUGAAGACGAACCGGGACUCCCGCUCCAUCAAGAAGCCGUCGCCGCCCUCCUCCUCCUCCUCGACCACGGCCGCCGCUGCCGCCGCCGCCUCCGCCUCCGCCGCGAGGCCGUCGCACCAGCAGCAGCAGCAGCGCCACCCGGUGAUCAUCUACACGCACUCGCCGAAGAUCAUCCACACGCAGCCCCGCGACUUCAUGGCGCUCGUCCAGAAGCUCACCGGCCUCUCCCGCUCGUCCCCCGACGACGAGCCGAAGCCGACGCAGACGCCGACGCAGCAGCCGGCAAACGAGGCCGCCGCCGCCGCCGCCGCGGAGAACUGCAGCAGCAGCGUCGGGGACGGCAGCCAGGUGAACUCCUGCUUCGCCGCCGCCGCCGCCGCCGCGCCGCCCACCUUCGAGGCCGCGAACGGCGGCGGCGCGUAUCUGAGUAAUCAUCUUCCGUUUUUGCCGAAUAAUGCGGCGGAUUUCCUGUGCUCGAACCCGCCUAAUUUCUAUGAUUUCAACGAGGCGACGGCGUUUGGUUUUCCGGGGAACGGCAUGAGGACGACGAACUACAUGUCCUACUCCAGUUUUGAAAGGACGAACAAUUUUCGCGAAUUUUGA